AUGGCUCUACGGAAUCGUUCUAACCUGUGCGCUCCUUCGGGAAAACUGGCUUAUGAGGUUCUUUCUGAAAGAGUAGGGGGUCGAGUGAUAGAGAGUUUUUGGUACGAAGAUGAACAAGACGAAGCAGCGUUCGGCACCUUUGUUCGACUAGUUUAUAUUCCAGGCUCUCUAUCCGGGGAUAUUCUUCGAUUGCGUAGGGAUUUGCCAUUAAUCAAAGGUCAUUUCGAAAUCAACGGCGAUGUUAUCCGUCAAAUCACCAAUCCACCACAGCCUCCGAACCGCGAAGAAGAUUCAGAGGAUCUCACACCUAUUCUUGCUCGACUGCCUGAGAUAGAGGUAGAUCCUUUACGUCAUUUUACAAAGAAAGGAAAAUACCGGAGCGAAGUUGAAAACCUCCUCAAAUGUCAAGGAGGCAGUUGCCCAGGCACACCACUGUCACCGCAUAUUAUCCAGCUGCUUGGCAAAUCUCCCGUCGGUGAGCUUGUUUUCGAAAAGCUCGAUCCGCGAUAUUUCGCCCUUGGUCGCUUCUGCUCGAUAGCCAUUUACAAGAAAUGGAUUUUACAUAUCAUUACCGCGCUGAAAGUUCUUCAUUCAUUGGGAAUUGUCUAUCGCGAUCUCCACAUCGAUAACCUGUUGUUUUCAAGAGAUGGUCAGACACUAGUUCUCGCUGAUCUCGAGGGUCGCUGGGGACGGCGCAGUGCACCUGAGAUAGUGCUCGAAGAUACGUUGAAUUCUAACUGGACUGAAAAAUCCGAUAUUUAUGAUAUUGGUAUUGUCAUCAAAUGCAUCAUCUACGCAAAUAUUCCAAUGACUUCAGAAGUCGAAUGGCCUAUUCCUCCACCCUUUGACCGGAUUGUUGGGGCUUGCACGCGUACAAACUCUGCAGAGCGACCGGACCUAAGUGAAUUGGAGGCCAUGCUGGCAUUGAUCUAA